CCUGAUCGUCCCUUCUCUCGGGAUUGGGAUGUUGAUAAAAGGGCGCGGCUGCAACUGCGGUCAAUUGGUGUUCUAGGCGCUCUCAGAACUGCAGCGACUUACACCCGCUUUAAGAUCGGGCCAUCCACGGACCCCUAUUUUUUUUCUCUCAUCAACAUAGAACAACUCACAGCACCACCAACAACAAAACAACAAUCCACCUAACGGAAUUACCGUCAUUACUCAUAUUCAGCAAAUUCAUCACAAUGGGCUCCUACUCUCCCGACCCGCCCAAACCCUGGGUCGAGACGCCGCUCGUCUUCUCGCCGCCCCUCUCUCGCAAGGCAGGAUGCAACAUCUACCUCAAGCUGGAAAACACCCAGCCCUCGGGCUCCUUCAAGUCGCGCGGCAUAGGUAACAUGAUGCUAGCCUCCCUAUCCAACCCCCCUUCCUCCUCCUCAGAGGACCCCCUCGCAACCGCAGCAGCAGACGAAGUAGUACACUUCUACUGCUCCUCAGGCGGCAACGCCGGCCUAGCCUGCGCCUCGACCGCCGCCUUACUCGGCCGACACCCGGCGACUAUCGUGGUGCCGACCUCGACGUCGGCCUUCAUGAUCGCCAAGCUGCGCGAGCUCGGCGCCGAGGUCGUCCAGACGGGCGCCAGCUGGGCCGAGGCGGACGCCUACCUCCGCGAAGCCCUCCUCGUUCCCGAGAAGGGGGUGAGGAAGGUCUAUGUGCCGCCCUUCGACCACCCGGACAUCUGGACCGGCGCGGCGAGCUUGGUGGACGAGAUCGCGCGCGACGUGAUGGCCGGGCGGGUCCCCGGUGGUGGUGGUGGUGUGGAUGCGGUGGUGUGUAAUGUCGGUGGCGGCGGGCUGUUGAAUGGCGUCAUGGAGGGCCUGGAGAGGUACGGGAAGAUCAUGGUGGCCGGCCAGCCCGGGAGGAAGACACGGGUGUUGGCUGUCGAGACGGUCGGUGCCGAGAGCUUGUUUGCGAGCGUUCAAGCUGGGCAGCUGGUUACCCUGCCCGGGAUCACGUCCAUUGCGACGUCCUUGGGCGCGCGGAAGGUGUCGGAGAUGACGUGGGAGUGGUUCCAGCGGGCAGGGGGGGACUUGAUCAGUGCCACGGUGACGGACCAGGAAGCAGCACUCGCGUGUGUCAAUUUCCUGGACGAUGCGAGGAUAUUGAUCGAGGUUGCGUGUGGCGCGACGGUGGCCACGGCGUAUAACGGGUAUCUGAGGCAGUACCUGGGCAAAGGAUUGACGGACGAGGAAUGGGCCACGAGGAAUGUGGUGCUCGUGGUGUGCGGAGGAUCUCAUAUCAGCUUGGAGAUCCUGGAGAAAUAUAAGAUGUUGUAUGGGAUAGAGUAGUAGAAAAGGGGGUCAGGGCUCGGAAAGCGUGGCAUGGCAUGAUGCGUUGGGGCAUCGUAUGAGGGUGCUCGGAUGGUUAGCAGUUCCGUCCGUUCUGAUUCCUAGGACACGUUCGAAUAGCUUAACUGUUGAACUUGG